UACUUUUGAUUACGGAGACAACAAAAUGGAUACUUCUCAUAGCCGUCGUCGAGGCUACAUCUUUCUUCUAGUUCUAUCUUAUUCCUCUGUGCUUGGUUUAGCUUCCAAUAUGAAUAUUUCUUCCAAUGAUGCAAGAGGCAACAAAACCGACAGUUUCUUUGAAGAUCAAUAUGCUUACACUCAUUAUGGCACAGACAUGGGCAAGGAAUAUAUUAUCUGUGCAGAAUCUACUAUGGAAUCUCCGUGGGUGCUUGGUUGCAAUAAGUCUAAAGAAGUUUUUACAAAGAUCAAUUUUGCUGAUUAUGGAGAUCCUUCCGGCAAGUGUGAACACUAUAGACAUGGAAAUUGCGGCGCAGAAGCUGCCUUGAAGGUCGCCAAAAAGAAUUGUGUUGGAAAAAACAUAUGUGUGUUUAUGACUUCGGACGAGAUGUUUGGUGCGAGUCACUGCAAUAAAGAGGCUAAGUUUUUUAUUCAACUCACUUGUAAAAAAGCUUGAGUUUCUUAGUUGCUCCUUAAUUAAUAAGGUCUUUAAGAAAAUGGUUGCAUGGUUUGUUUUCUUGUAAUGAUCAAGUUCUUAUUGAUUAUUAAAGGAAUGUCCGAUAUAAGUUAUUUAUUCUAUUUGUUAUUUUGCAACAA